CCGCCCGCGCACUUCCCGCCGGCCGCAGCCGCCGCUUCCGCUACGCAAAUCGCGUAACGCGCCGCGCUCCCACCUGUGGCCGCCGCCGCCUCCGCUCCGCCCCGCUGCCGGGAGCGCCGCCAGGUCAGUCCCGCUGCCGCCACAACCCCCCCGAGAUCCCCCCAUCCACCCUCGGGCCAGCCCGGGCAGCGGCGGUGCUGCCACCGCGCGUGGGGCCGAGCGCGAGCGGGGCCAUUGUGUGGGUGCCCCCCCGGACGGGCCGAGCAGGGCCGGAGCCUCCCCAGCGCGUCCCGGCCGAGCGGCCCCGGGCAGCUCCACGUGCCCCCAGCGCUCCGCGGCGAGUGCCAAGUGCGAAGGCACCGCCCGGCCCGGCCCGAGCCACGCGCGGACCCCUCGCGUCCAGCCCCCGGCAGCGCCCGGAGCCGCCGGGACAGCGGGAGCGCGGCCGGUCAGCGAACGCGGCCCGUGAGGAGCGCAGCGAGCGCGGCGUGAGGCGCUGCUGCCCCGCAGCCCGGAACCCCCGGGUCCCUGCGAGGCGCCGCGCRGCGAGGAAAAACUCCAUUCGGCACUUGGCGCUUGUGAAGAACUGCGAUCCAAGGCAACUUUUCACUGUCUCCGCGGUGCUGAAAACAAGAGCGAAGGAGACCCUGGUUGUGUGUGUUGGUGUUUACAAGUGGUUCAGGAUAGGUAAAAAGAAGAUGUCGGGUCGCCGUGUCGCUGCAGCGUGUGACAGACGACAGCUGCCCCGGGGCAUGGGGAGCAUGGCAGCCCCGCUGCUCGACCCGCGCCCGCUGCGGCUGCCCUUUCUCGAGGCUGACGCCCCCCCAAGGCAGUCCCUGCUCACAAUGUAUAGGACAAAAGUCAGUUUGAAAGACCGCCAGCAACUUUACAAACUGAUAAUUAGUCAGCUGCUCUAUGAUGGAUACAUCAACAUUGCCAAUGGCUUGAUAAAUGAGAUCAAACCACAGUCUGUCUGUGCACCCUCAGAACAACUGCUGCACCUAAUUAAGUUAGGCAUGGAGAACGAUGACAGUGCUGUGCAGUACGCCAUCGGCCGCUCGGACACCGUGGCCCCGGGCACCGGCAUCGACCUGGAAUUCGAUGCGGAUGUGCAGACCAUGUCCCCCGAGGCAUCUGAAUAUGAGACCUGCUACGUGACAUCCCAUAAAGGGCCCUGCAGGGUGGCCACCUACAGCAGGGAUGGACAGCUCAUAGCCACAGGCUCUGCUGAUGCCUCCAUCAAAAUCCUG